CUGACACCCAGUUGGUGUUCUAGUCUAGCUGACACCUGGUUUGGCAGCGGCGGAACUGGCAGCAUGGAGCUGAACGUGAACCACGGGGUGACAAAGUCCUUGCCGGAGAUCGGAAUGUGUCUUUACAGGUUGGAGGAAGAAUCCAAAAAGGAGCAGCCGUGGCAUCCUACCCACCUUCAUGUGGUUGUCCUGCGUGCCUGCUGUCUGCGUGCCAAGGGGACCACGGGCACCAGCAACCCCUAUGUUGUGAUUCAGCUGCAGAAGCAAAAGUUUCGGACAUCGGUAUUAUCCCACUGCCUAAGUCCUGAAUGGCACGAGGAGUGUACACUGCAUCUGCCUGCCACCCUGGAUGAUUUAGAAGAGCACGCCCUCCUCCUUACCGUCAUGCACCGGUCCUCGCAUCAUUUCAACCAGUUCCUGGGCAGAGUCUGCCUGCCUCUUGCGUCACUCUUUCAGGAUAAGACAAGGAGGAGAAACGAGUGGUUUGUGUUGCAGUCCCAACCUGGAAGAAAGGAGAAGGCAAGAGGAAAAUUGCAGCUUGAUAUACAGUUCUUACAGAUCGCCUCACCAGCCAGUGAGAUGGCAUUAAAUCCCCACAGACCCUGGGCCCUCUUCCACAGAUUCUGUGGGAGCAAGAAGGGCAGGAAGUACCAGGUGGCAAAAGAGGCUUCAUCUCAGUCCAGCACCUUGGCAAAUGAUGAGGGUUCAUCGUCUUCCAGUGUGAACACCGAGCUGGAGGCUUCAGCCAUGACAUCUGGACCCAAGUUGGGCAGUGCCUUGCACACGGCUGCAGCAAUCUCUGUUGGAAAGAAACCAACAUCUGUAACUCAGCUGCAGAAAUUGAUCCCAUGUGACUACAAGGAAUUGUCAUCGAAUCCUGUGAACACAACUCAGUCUGAGCAUCCAAGUACACUGGAAAAAUUCAGCAAUCUCUUUACCCAACAACACAAGAAAAAAUCAAAGCCUCUGAAAGAGGAGAGAAAUCCAGAGGCAGCAGGCAUUUCCAUGGAGGCUUGGCAAGGAUCUCUCCCUCCUCUUCAUGUUGCAGGGCCCAGUGAUAUCCCACCACGUGCACUGACCCUCCACCUCUCUCCUGUCAGCCUUCAACCAACCCCCAGUGCCUCCACAACCAACUCCGUUCCCAGCCACUUCCGCAGAUGCCAGAUGCAGCUACACAGGAGAUGCCAAUUUUGUCGUAGGUGUUUUGGCCUAAUGUCUUGAUGCUCAGAUUUCACCUUUUUCUGUCCCUUUUUUUUCCUGCACCAAACAUAUUGGAAGAGCCAUGAAUAUACAAAUGCAGGAAUUGUGGUUUGUU